AAAGAACGAAAGCUGCUCGGGUCCCAUUGAUCUGUGAGUAAAACAAUGAGGAAGAGAAACAUAUUUCACUGUAAACACGUGACAAUAUCGUUAUAAACGCUAGGUAAUUGUGUCACUAUCUUUAGUGCAGUCGCUAUCAGCAUCACCUUAAUAGUGUGCGAUCAAUGAGAUUAACUUUUCUUUUGUUGUCGUGAAUGGUGAUGCACGAAUUACUUUCACCCCUCGGGCAUGAUGGUUUGGUUUAUGGAAGGCAUGUGUUUUUUACCUACUUUUUUGGUCAUCUGGUCAUCGAGCACGUUCAUAGUUUCUUAUAUCAUCGCAUUGUUUCGACAAGAUGUUGAUGUUAUCCUUCCUUAUAUAAGUGAUACAGGUGCCACUCCACCCGAGAGCUGUGUGUUUAGUUUUAUGUCUACAAUCACUGCCUUCUCAGCAUUUGCCACCAUGUAUGCAGAAUAUAAGUUUGUGGAGAGGAUACACGAGAACACAGGUGCCGUGUCCCCACAUCUGAACAAAGCAUCUUUUGCUUUUGGGAUCAUCUCUUGUGUUGGCAUGUGUUUUGUGGCUACAUUUCAGGAGACAUCGGUGGUAUCAGUUCAUGACUUUGGAGCUCUACUAUUUUUCGUCUUUGGGGCUAUAUACGCCGUUACUCAGUGCGUGAUAUCAUACCGCGGUCGUCCUUAUGGAUCAUCUACAUCCGUGUGUCAUGUUCGUGCAUUUUUUGCUGCGCUGGCUGUUAUAGCAGUAUUUCCAACCAUUUUCUGUGCAGUAAAUGUAGGAACAAGUAAACUUCACUGGAACAGUGAUGAUAAGGAUUAUACUCUUCAUCUAGUGAGUGUUGCGUUUGAAUGGAUCACUACCUUUAGUUUCGUAUUCUUCUUCUUAACCUACAUCCGAGAAUUUCAGCAAUUUACUCUGAAGAUGACCGUUAAGUUAACAGAGUGUUUGUGAUCCCGACAUCAUAUGGUAUUACAUGAGUCUAUUCUGACUGUUUUUGGUGCAAAAAAAUAUUUACUUUUUUUAUACAGCUUGUUACCUUGUUAAGUUAAAAGGUGUAAAAUGUGCAGUAUAUAUUUUUAGGAUAUUGUCUAAUCUUUUUAGAGAUUUGUCAUUGUCUUUUAGAAAGCAAUAAAACAUGUACUUGAAUUGUAAUACACUCUAACUUUAUAUGGCCAAAACUUGCUGCUUGAUCAUGAUUUUAAUAACCAACAAAGACAAAUUUUUGUUAUAUUUUUAGGAAUCUCCAAAUGUGCCUUAGAAAAAUGUUUGUAUUCAUACUACAGUGUAAACAAAUGUUUGCUUUGGUUAUAGUUUAAAUGUCCUGCUGUGUCCACCAGUAUUUCUUAUGUAAUUGUUACAGGAUUUCAAUGCAGCUUAUGGUGAACUACUAGCUUGUUUAACUUUUGCACUUUAUGCAAUGCAAUACAAUGUGGUCCUGCACAAUGUGUAUGAUUUUAUAUUAUGAAAUAAAAAUGCAUGACAGCAACAGUAAAA